AUGGACUCCUCAUAUGCAGCAGCGCAGAACUCAGGCCCGCCGCGCAGGCCGGACCUCAAGCGCAAGCUCGUCGUCGUCGGGGAUGGCGGCUGCGGGAAGACAUGCUUGCUCAUCGUCUACGCGGAGAACCGCUUCCCCGAGUCGUACAUCCCCACCGUCUUCGAGAACUACGUUACGCAGGUCCACUUUGAAGGGAAGGAAAUAGAGCUCGCGCUCUGGGACACUGCCGGGCAGGAAGAGUACGACAGACUACGGCCCCUUAGCUAUCCCGAAAGCGACGUGAUCCUCAUCGUAUUCUCCAUCGACUUCCCCACCAGUCUAGCGAAUGUGCAGGAUAAGUGGUAUCCAGAAGUCGCGCAUUUCUGCGAGGGGACGCCGCUCAUCCUCGUAGGCACCAAGAUCGACCUCCGGAAGGACGAACAGACGCGGCGAAUGCUGGGCGCGCAGGGCCAGUCUCCCGUUACGCCAGAACAGGGCGGCGCGGUCGCGCGCGAGAUCGGCGCAAAGUACAUAGAGUGCUCCGCGAAGCUCGGCGUCGGCGUGCAGGAGGUCUUCAACCUCGCCCUCAAAGAGAGCAUCAAGGGCAAGUGGGGAAAGAUCGUACGCCAGAGACGAUGCGUGGUUGCAUGA